AUGCAGUCUCUGUGUGGUCGCAGGGCUAACUGUUAUCCGACCCACCCACUGGGCCAAACUGGGGAAAGCGGAGUGUGGGACAGCCAGGAGCUGCAGGUCCAUGUGGCAGUGGGUGACUCGUGCUGGGUGGAGCUAUGUAGGAAGCAUGGGAGCCCGGAGGUCCCUGGACCGGGAAUUGCGGGCUGCCUUGGGCAGGGGGAGGGAGUGGCCACGGGAAGGAACAGCAGCAGCAGCGGGAAGAACUCCACGGCCAGCAAUCUCAAACCAAUCCGGGCAGAGCAGCGAUUGCAGGAGGAAGCAGCAGUGGCGUCGACUAAGCCAGCAGUGCAGUGUAUGGACCUGAGGGCCUCCAGCCCACAGGCCAAUGUGGCCAGUGGCAGCGGCGGCGGUGGUGGCUGCAGUGGCGAACGGAGCUGUGCUCCAAGUGACCAGAGCAGUGGCACCUCCUCUCCUCUUUGUGACAGUGGCUUACAUCUCAACUACCACCCCAACAAUACAGACACGUUGUCAUGUUCUUCGUGGCCAACAUCUCCAGGCUUGAGAUGGGAGAAGCGAUGGUGCGACCUCAGACUGAUCCCUCUGCUUCAUUCGCGUUUCUCUCAGUAUGUGCCUGGGACAGAUUUGAGUCGGCAGAAUGCCUUUCAAGUCAUUGCUGUGGACGGAGUCUGCAGUGGGAUUAUUCAGUGCCUCUCUGGUGAAGACUGCAUGGACUGGCUACAAGCAAUAGCAACUAAUAUUUCAAAUCUCACAAAGCACAAUAUUAAAAAAAUCAACAGGAACUUUCCUGUAAACCAGCAGAUUGUCUACAUGGGCUGGUGUGAAAUACGGGAGCAAGACUCCCUUCAAGAUCGAGCAUACACCCCAGCAUUUCUAGCUCUCAGGGGCUCAUGUCUUUACAAGUUUCUGGCACCUCCAGUGACCACCUGGGACUGGACCCGAGCAGAGAAAACAUUCUCAGUCUAUGAGAUUAUGUGCAAAAUUCUUAAGGACAGUGACCUGCUGGACCGGCGGAAACAUUGCUUCACCGUGCAGUCCGAAUUGGGGGAGGACCUCUACUUCUCGGUGGAGCUGGACUGUGACCUCGCCCAGUGGGAAAGAGCUUUCCAAACAGCAACCUUUCUAGAAGUAGAACGGAUACAGUGUAAGACCUAUGCAUGUGUGCUAGAAAGUCAUCUGAUGGGACUCACGAUUGACUUCAGCACAGGAUUUAUCUGCUUUGAUGCUGCGACAAAGGCUGUACUUUGGAGGUAUAAAUUUUCUCAGCUUAAAGGUUCUUCAGAUGACGGCAAGAGCAAAAUCAAAUUUUUGUUUCAGAAUCCAGAUACUAAACAGAUUGAAGCAAAGGAGCUGGAAUUUUCAAAUUUAUUUGCUGUUCUUCAUUGCAUUCACUCUUUCUUUGCUGCCAAAGUAGCUUGUUUAGACCCUCUGUUUUUAGGUAAUCAGGCUACUGCUUCUGCUGCCUCCAGCUCUGCCACCACAAGUAAAGCAAAGUACACGACUUGACAUACUGAGCUCUGCAAAGACAUGCACCAUGACUGUAUACACAAAAUAGAUAUAUUCAUCUUUUUAGACCCGGCAGAAACCAUAUUAUCACCACGUCAAUAGUGGAGUUCAAUUGAAAUUUCAGCAGGAAAAAGAAAAAAGGUCACGUGGAAUCUCAAAAACACUUCUAGAAGGCAUCAGUGACUCAUCCUAAAUGAACAGAGCAGGUUGUUCUUACUCUGUUGCUUUGUCCUGGUAUGUAAACUGCUUUCGCCAAAAGUGGAGACAAAAGAAUGAUUGAAGAAGUAUGUACAUAAUAUAAAAAUUGUAAGCUAUCUAUAAAUAAAAAUAUCUAUUAAAUGUUUA